CUGCAAGAAGCAAGAAGAGCAUCCUUUGAAAUAGAUUUCAGUUCAAAAGUCUAUAAUUGUUGUCAGCAGCUAUGGAACCGAUUUGAACUCGAAACAUUUUCGAAAGUUCUUAUCGUCUUUAGGGUGCUGGCAUGACGCAAUUCACCACUAAGCAGCAAAUAAUUGCACUGCUUAGGUCAGCAAUACUGGGUCCUGAUAUUAACAAAAUGCCCAGACCAAGGCGAUCGACUGAGGGGGAAGCAUCGGCCUAUUGCGAAGCUUUUACUCAAACCCUAGAGGCAUUUGAAGAAGAGAACGUGAACGAUGUAUCAGUAUUUGUGUGCAUGGAUGGCAUGAAUGGCUCGAAGGAGGCAGGACCUGCUGCCAAACCACCACUGGCCAAUCGAUGCAACAGCGUCAUUCGAGCUCUUGCCCGCAUUGUGCAGAACGUUUCCGAGCGAAUUUUGGUCGCUUUGGGUAUAAAUCGUGAGAAUGCGGCUUGGUACAAACACUGCUCGCAGAAUCCUGGCUCCCAUCAUUGCUUGCUGGGAUCAAAUAGGGAUUUGGAUGACAGAACUUCAAGCUCAGAUUCGUGCGAUGACUUGACCCUAUGCAAUGAGGUUAUACACGUGUAGGUGAUUGCAAGACUUUUAGUUAAAGUUCAAGUUUCAACCCAUGUUCCAGCCACCCUAAUCCCCCGUCGCUCAUGAAAACUUUCUGCCUGUUAACUACACUUCACCGCACAUUUCCUGUUCCAAGUUCUAUUUCAAGUGCAUGGAACUCUAGAGACGGCGCCAACGUCGCUACCAAAUUGGCCAAUUUAAGCCGCUUUGAUCUACACAAUCAACCGACACAUUUGUGCAAACGAUUUCGUCGCCGGCAGGG